GAGACUGUUGGGUCCCGUAUUAGAAAGACAAGUUGCCCUUCGCUUAGGGCAUUCGGACUGUUCGCGCAAAACCUAAAUACCACUGUAGCAGCGCCGAUCACCCACCAGGUGAACAAGUUGCAGAUUCAGGACAGAAGAUAUGAGUGGAACAGCAGAGAAAGGUUCUGGAACAACAAAAACGCCAGCUGAUUUUUUGAAAUCGAUUCGUGGCCGACCUGUUGUUGUCAAAUUGAAUUCUGGUGUUGAUUAUCGAGGUAUUCUUGCUUGUCUGGAUGGAUAUAUGAAUAUUGCUAUGGAGCAAACUGAAGAAUACGUCAAUGGGCAGCUGAAAAAUAAAUACGGUGAUGCGUUUAUUCGAGGAAAUAAUGUGCUUUACAUCAGUACAUCAAAGAGGACACUGGCAGAUGGUGCUUAGGCUCGAGGUUUCUAAGCAGUUCAUCUUUAAUCACGUCCAUCAUGACUAGCAAUAUUUGUAGAUUAUGUGGAUUGCGGAAAUGACAAUGAGAUGCCAGUGAAAUAUUUGUUAAAAGCAUAGGAGUGACUCCUCUUUUCAUGAAAGAUCGAUUGUCAAUGCCUUUUUAAUGUCAGGCAUAUUGAAAUUGAUCCUUGUAUGAUUACUGCCUUAGCUAUGCUAGCAUUUUGGUAGUGCUGCUUUAAAGAAUUGAUCCUUGUACUAUGAUUUAUUGCCUUAGCAAUGGCAGUAUUUUGGAAGUGCUGUUUUAAAGACAUUAAUAGGUCAUUGCACUGUA